CUUUGCUACUCGCGGGGUAUAAGUACUAAUUCGGGGGCAUUCAGAGCAGACAUGGCAGCCAAGCGCGCCGAGAGCGACACACCGAUUCCGUCGACGGAGACCAACCAGGUCGAUGGCGGAUCCUCGAUCGUUACCGAAGACGAGUGGAAGGGGAUGUCGACCGUGAUGAACGCCAUAUAUGGGCAUCGCAUGGAAGAUGGCUACGACCCUUCCAAAAUCUUCCAGCGCAAAGUGAACAAACGAGCGGUGCCGGACUAUUACGAUGUGAUCAAAGAACCGAUGGCGCUUAGCAUCAUCAAGCAGAAGAUUGGCGCGAAGGAAUACAAGAGCUUUCAAGAUUUUGUGAGGGACUGCGCUCUCGUUCCCUACAACGCCCAGGUCUACAAUCUGGCCAACUCCCAGGCCUAUCAAGAUGCUCUAGAAGUUAAGGGUGUGCUGGAAUCGGAACUCAAGAAGCUUGUUGACGAGAAGGUCAUCACCGAGGAGGUUGGGACGCUCCCAUACAUCGGCGAGAUUCCCGACCCGGACCAGGCCGUGGCAGAAGAAGACGAGGAAGAGGAUGAGGAGGACGAUGAGGAGGACGACGAAGACGGUGAAGGCGAGGGCGAGGGAGAAGACUCUGAAGACGAUGGAAAGCGGAAGAGAAAGCGGGGUGUGCGGUCAACUGCAGCAAUCGCGAAGCGGGAAGGAGGCGCAAAGGCUAAGGAAGACCCGGCGGCGAAGGCAAACGAUCCUGAGUCGAGGAAGAAACGAGGCCGCCCCCCGCGCGUUGAUACCCCUAUGGAAGCCCGCAUCAAGGCGAUCAUGAAGGGUAUUAGGAAGCCCAGGAACUCACUAAACAAGCUCAUGGUCAGCCAUUUCGAGCGCGUUCCCGACAAGGCUGCUAUGCCAGAGUAUCACCAGGAGAUCAAGACCCCGAUGGCCAUGGACCUCUUGAAGCGCAAGCUCAAGCGGAAGAAGUACAACUCUGUGGACCAGUUCAUGCAAGACGUGGAAUUGAUGUUCGAAAAUGCGAAACAAUACAACGAGGACGAUAGCCAAGUCUACAAAGAUGCUGUUCACCUACAGAAGGAGGCCCGUGUUAUUGCUCAGCAAGAAAAGGAGAAACCAGAUAAUGAGUACGUCAUGGAGGAGGGUCGUCUGCCUAUGCCCAACGGCAUCCUACACAAUGGCGAGCUAUGGAAAGUUGGUGACUGGAUUCACAUCCAAAACGCUAACGAUCUUACCAAACCGAUCGUCGCCCAAAUCUAUCGAACCUGGCAAGAUGCUGAAGGCGGCAAGUGGGUCAACGCGUGUUGGUACUAUCGCCCCGAGCAGACAAUCCAUCGAUUUGAUCGCCAUUUCCUCGAGAACGAAGUAGUGAAGACGGGCCAGUAUCGCGACCAUCCGAUCGAUGAAGUGGUAGACCGAUGCUUCGUUAUGUUUUUCACCAGAUACAACAAAGGCCGACCUCGUGACUUCCCGGCCGACAAGGAGAUCUAUGUCUGCGAAGCUCGCUACAACGAGGAGAAGCACAAACUAAACAAGAUCAAGACCUGGGCUAGCUGUCUACCCGACGAGGUCCGCGACAAAGACUAUGUUAUGGACUUGUUCGACGCUCCCCGCAAGCUCAAGAAGGUGCCCAGCCCGAUCGCGUACUUGCUCAAAGACGAUCAGAAGGAGACCGAUGAUCUCCCAAAACCCGAGUGGGGCGCAGAGAACGCACCGCCGAAGAUUGGAGCCGUUCAUAGGCGGCCCCGUGAUCCAAAGGAGUCCCCACCACCAGAGCCGACUCCGACGCCUCCUCCGCAACCUCCGCCACCUCCGCCACGACAAAUAUCAAGCAUUCCGCCUCCAGCUACCAACGGCUACAGCAACGAAUCGCGGAUGGACUACGCCAUGGGGCAGCCUUCGGGACAAACCCCCAUCCCUGCGCCAACCCCCCAACCCCAACACAUUCAGCCCAGCUACACGCCGCAGCAAACGCAGCAGUAUAAUCAGCACUCCGCCUCACCUGUGCCUCCAAUGCAGCAUAUGCCGGCCUCCCAACCAUCGAGCUUUGCGGCAAUCACCCCACACCUACCUUUCGCAACCCCUCAGCCGACCCAUCACAUGGCGCAGUACGCGACGCCUCAGACACAGAGCCUAUAUCAACAGAACCCAGUCAGAGCGCCGCCACUCGGCUAUAAGACCCCGCAGCCCGUCGAGGUCUACCACCUGAAUGACCACGCUAAUGCGAACAUCCCCCUGGAAAUCCGUCAACAAUUCCACUGCGAUGAACAAGGCCACGUUCUGUUCUUCACAGCGCCUCCGAUUGACCCUCAGACUCCGCCAAAGGAGGGCGCAGCCCUGGGCCACUCCGCUAGGUAUCUCGCCGCGAAGAAGAAACGAGAGGCUUUGCUGGCUGCUAGGCGCAAGGCGGAGGAGGCUGAGCGCCCUGAAAAGGACCGUUUGGCAAAGCGCAAGAGAGAAGAAGAUGAUCAGAAGUUCCAGAAAGCGGUUGGAGAUUUGCGCGUCAAGGCAAUGAAAUUCCUUGAGAAUCAGCUAGCAGAGGCUACGGCGAAGGAAUACCAGGUCCUCUUCAAUGGCGAUGUUGAGAGUGGAGUUGAGGCGACCGUGGACAGGCUGGCCGAGAUGCAGCAGACCCAGGCGGAGCGGAACAAGGCGAUGGCAGAGCGGAAGGCCAAGGAUGAAGCUUCUGCCAACGUCCCAAUUCGUGGCCUGAACGUCACUCUGGACGAGAGCACUUGAGGGUGGUGAAGCAAGGGCUGUAGAGCGUGGACUGUACUUUUAGGUUUGCAUGUUUCGGAGCAGGCGGGUCUUGGAGUUGACUUCUGGCUGGUACGGAGUCUCAAAGGGUUUCACUGCUUGUAUUGAGGUUCUCGCCCGAGUUGGCUUCUCAUAGAGACUAAUUGGUAGCCAUGAGAUAGCUCCAAUAAUUGUUCUGAUCAGAUUCUAUAUGUUGGCUCAACUAAAAUGAAUCUGGGUUACGUUGUGAC